CGGUCACCAGAGCGACGAGAGCGCCUUCCUCACUCUCAAAGCGAGGAUGACGGCAGAACGGACAGAGAAAGAGCGGCAGCGGAAGCUAAGCACUGACGCGUCGGGCUCCUCACACUCACCGGCGCUCGUGAAGUAAAACACCAUCUCCGCUAGAUAGUGCCACAGUGGCUGAAAGAGAAUGACAGGUUAUUCCGACAGAUUUCCGCCAAGGUUCCACUAAAACGGUGACGCGGUCGCAGCUUUGGAAGCGUGACUUCCUCCUCCGAGCGCCAGCCGCCUUCUUCGUGGGUUCAUCAGCGGGUGCAUUGGCGCCACCUAGCGAUGCGGCGUGGAGCGAGGACAUCUGGGCUGAAACUCGAUUAGCGCAUUUAAUGAAGUUUAAAGAACUUUCAUCGAGCCAGUUUCGAAUUCAGGGCCGAUGGUGGCGCCACGUGACAUUUAAUGUGCACGAUAAGAUGUAAACACACAGGUGUGCUGCUCGUUCUCCCUUCCUUGCACUCGUUUCUGGUCACAGGAUGGAGCCAGGACCAGCGCGUGCACCUCCUCCUCUCCGGCCUGUGACCUUUGGCCCCAGGGAUCACAGCCUCACAACGCUCCGUGCGUCAUGACGGAGGAGGGAGACGGAGCCUCUUCACACAUCCAGCCAUUAUCUCUUCUCACACUGUUCAUUUGUUUGGACCUCCGUUUGACCUGGGUGUACAACUCUGGUUUGGUCCCUCACUCCAAUCAUAAUGCGUGUUAUUGUGGUAAAAUAACGGCGAGGGUUUUAUCCUGACAGUCCGCGGUGCCGGCUGCUUCCGCUUCCGGUCCUGCGUGUUUGAUAAGCAGUGUUGUUGGCGCGCGGCUCAAAACUGUGAUCUGCAGAAGCGCGGGGCGCCUCUCAACAAACCGGCGGCGGAACGCACCUUCACGCUUCCUAGACUCGCACGAACCGGAGCUGAAGGUCAGGUACGGACUUGGCCCGCCUCUUCUCGCCUUCCGUGUUCGACUCCGAGGGGAGUUGGUGAGUUAGCGCUCUGCCGCGAACGUCUGAGGGAAACAUGACGUCACGCUGAUGUGGGUCUCAAAGCUUCGCGACUGUUGUGUCGCGCCAGUUCUCGCUCGGACAACAGCGGCUAAGCUAGCUCGCGCGUGUAAACACGUCAGCGGAAGGGUCGCGCGCGCUCCUGCUUCAGCCUCUCCGAGGUCCUCUUUGACUCCACUGACCCCUGCGCAAAACCUUCUCUGGCUGUUACCAUCGUUCACCCAUUGUUCGCCUCUAAAACAUGAGAAUUCGUCUUAAAAACAACACACUUUGGAGAUGUGAGUGCCUCGAUGGAUCCGCUGAUGUUCGAGCCUCUGUCUGAGCUCUGAGGUCUGGAACCCGCCAUGAGACGGUCACAAGUGCAACUGGUCCGGUUCUGCGGUCUGUGCAGGUGGAGCUGGAGAGGAUGAUGCCCAGGACCAGGAAGAGGAAGCUCUCGUCUGCUGACUCAGACUGCAGCCUCCCUCCCAAGAGAGGUCAGGAUGGCGGCGGGUCCCCGGUGAAGAGGCCCUUCAGCCGGCUGGACAAGGAGAACGGCCCCAGGCGUGUUCAGGGAUCCACAGACCCUCCGGCCUGGACCCACUCGGGGGCCUCGCCGGGAAAACGGGUCGUGCUGUCAAGCUCCUUCUACGGCAGGAAGCCGCAGGUCUACCUGACUCCCCUGGAGAGGAAGGCGCUGAAGGACUCGCUGCCUGCUGCCCCCGCCCAGCAGGCGGCCAAACCACAGAAGAAGAAGAAGGAGAAGAAGGUCAGCAGGAGCAGGAAGUCCAAGAGUGGCUCCCAACUCAACAGCAGGUUUGGAGAGGAGCGGUCGGGCCCUGGUCCAGGCCGGAGGUCCACUCACUGCCCACCGUUCCCAACCAGCAGCCAGGUCCUCAAACCUGAACCCCAGUCCAAGGCUGCCGAGCCCAGGAGGGCCAUCACCUUCUCCUUCACCAGCCUCAAACCUAAACCCAAGAUUUUUGUGGGCGCCGCCUUCUUCUCCACGGGAAGGAAGCCGAUUUCCAUGUACAAGAGGUCGGCGCCGAAGAAGUCCAGCUGUCCAAAACCUGCUCCAGAACCAGAACGUCAGGCCCUGGACUCCUCCUCUGAGCAGGUGGAGACUCGGACCGGAGCCAAGUUUGACCCGUCCGACUGGCUGGACGACCCGCCGACUCAACCGUCGCCCGGACCCGGGGGCCUGCUGCAGGACGUCACCACUGAACCUCUGUCCCGCAGCGACGCUGACGCCCUUAAGGUCAAACACGGCAUCACAAAGGACGUGAAGGUGGUGCUGUCCAGGACCCUGCCCCGCGCCGCGGCGGACUCCUCGCUGCUGGACCUCAGUCCUCUGAGAAGUGCCAGCGCUGGCUCGGCUGCCGUCUAUCCCAUCUUUGGCUCCGCCUCCAAACGGUCAGCGCCAGCUCGCGGCCAGGCUCCGGUGUCCUGCAGCACCACAGCUGGCCCAGCGGUCAGAGGGCGCCCCCCGAGGAGGAAGAAGACGGACGAGGACCAGCUUAUCAUCGACGCGGGACAGAAGCAGUUUGGGGCCACGACCUGCAGCUCGUGUGGGAUGAUCUACAGCGCCGACAAUCCCGAGGACAACUUCCAACAUUCCCAGUUCCACCACAGAUUCCUGUCCAGCAUCAAGUUUGUGGGCUGGAAGAAGGAGCGAGUGGUGGCCGAGUUCUGGGACGGUAAGAUCCUGCUGGUGAUGCCGGACGACCCCAGAUACGCCGUCAGAAAGGCGGAGGAGGUGCGGCGCGUGGCUGACAGCGAGCUGGGCUUCCAGCAGCUGGCGCUCAACAGACCCUCACAGACCAAGACUUACCUGUACGUCAGCGCGGAGCGGAUGGUGGUGGGCUGCCUGGUGGCCGAGCCCAUACGGCAGGCGUACCGGGUCCUGGACCAGCCAGAGAGCCACUCGGACUUGACCAAGGACAACUUCCUGGAGAACCACCGGGCCUGGUGUUGCUCCACGGAUCCAGAGCCGGCGCUGUGCGGGAUCAGCCGGAUCUGGGUGUUCAGCCUGGCCCGGCGCCGGGGCGUGGCCACCCGCAUGUUGGACACGGUCAGGAGGAGCUUCUCGUACGGCGGCCACCUCACCACGCAGGAGCUGGCCUUCUCCGACCCCACCCUCGACGGCAAACGCCUGGCCACCGCGUACUGUGCCACGCCCACCUUCCUCGUCUACAACUUCGUGGCGUGAAGAGGAACGUCCCGGGAGCCGCAAGGCUUCUGCUGCUUUCACUUCCUGUUCUGACUCACUUUUUGAAAAUAUUGUUUCAUGGAGUUUUGCUUUGUUUAAUAAACGU